GUGUUUUCUCUCACACAUCCAGGGACGGCAUGAAGCUGUUUGUGCUGCUGGCUCUGUUUGGGCUCAGUGUGGCCCAACACAACCCUCACCUCAGGCAGGGGAGGACAUCCAUCGUUCACCUGUUUGAGUGGCGCUGGGCCGACAUUGCUGAAGAGUGCGAGCGCUUCUUGGGUCCAAAUGGCUUCGGUGGAGUUCAGAUCUCCCCUCCAAAUGAGCACAUCGUGCUCGGCUCCCCCUGGAGGCCCUGGUGGCAGAGAUACCAGCCCAUCAGCUACAACCUGUGCUCCAGAUCUGGUAGUGAGUCUGAACUGAGAGACAUGAUCACCAGAUGCAACAACGUCGGGGUCAACAUCUACGUGGACGCCGUCAUCAACCACAUGUGUGGAGCUGGUGGUGGAGAAGGAACACACUCCUCAUGUGGCAGCUGGUUCAACGCCGGCACCAAAGACUUCCCCAGCGUUCCUUAUUCCAACUUGGACUUUAACGACUACAAAUGCAGGACAUCCAGUGGAAAUAUUGAGAACUACAGCGAUAAAUAUCAGGUGCGUGACUGUCGUCUGGUCAGUCUGCUGGAUCUGGCUCUGGAGAAGGACUUUGUUCGGGACAAGGUGGCCGACUUCAUGAACAAACUGAUCGACAUGGGCGUGGCCGGAUUCAGGGUGGAUGCCGUCAAGCACAUGUGGCCUGGAGACCUCGACGCUGUCUCUCGUCGUCUGCAUAACCUGAACUCUAAGUGGUUCCCCGAUGACGCCAAACCCUUCAUCUUCCAAGAGGUUAUUGAUCUGGGAGGUGAGGCUAUUUCAGCUCCAGAGUAUUUCCAUCUGGGAAGGGUGACGGAGUUCAAAUACGGUGCCAAACUGGGAACUGUGUUCAGAAAAUGGAACAACGAGAAGCUGUGUUACACCAGAAACUGGGGAGAAGGCUGGGGCUUCAUGCCCAAUGGGAACGCCCUGGUCUUCAUUGACAACCAUGACAACCAGAGAGGCCAUGGUGCAGGCGGUGCGGCCAUCCUGACUUUCUGGGACCCAAGGCUUUACAAAAUGAGCGUGGGCUUCAUGCUGGCCCACCCAUACGGAGUAACCAGAGUGAUGUCCAGCUUCCACUGGGACCGCCACUUUGUGAAUGGAAAGGACCAGAACGACUGGAUGGGCCCCCCCAGCCACGGUAACGGAUCCACCAAGCCCGUCCCCAUCAAACCAGACCAGACCUGUGGAGACGGGUGGGUGUGUGAGCACAGAUGGCGACAAAUCAAGAACAUGGUCAUCUUCCGUAAUGUGGUCAACGGACAACCUUUCACCAACUGGUGGGACAACAACAGCAAUCAGGUUGCCUUUGGACGUGGUAACCGCGGGUUUAUCGUCUUUAACAACGAUGACUGGGAUCUGAACAUGACCCUCAGCACUGGUUUGCCCGGUGGAGUCUACUGUGAUGUCAUUUCUGGACAGAAGGAAGGAAAUGCCUGUACUGGGAAGCAGAUCCACGUGGGCAGUGACGGCCGUGCUCACUUCUUCAUCAGCAACAAAGAUGAGGAUCCAUUUGUUGCUAUUCAUGUCGAUGCAAAGCUCUGAAUACAUGAAUAAAUAAAAAUAAAGACAAUUAUAAUUUUCAAUGUAAAAAUAAUAAAGGAGGUUUGGGUAC